AGAUCACAAUAACACAGAGUUCUUUUCCUGCGUUGCUGGGUAGAUGAAAACAACAGUCGGAGUUUGAAGCUUGGACACAACAGACGGUAUUCAUACAAAUAUCACUUUCGCACGCCUUUUUUGCUGCAAAAUCUUUCUACUGUAAAACAUGGCAGCUGACUGCGAGGCCUGGCUGAACGCAAACCCCGUUGAAGCAGACGACCUCAGUGACUCUUUUGCAUCUGGAGAUGAGGACAACAAAGGAUCAGUUAUCUCCAACAAGAACAUCAACAAUGAAAUCAAUGGCAACUGGCUGUCCUCCUCUUGCAACAGUAUCCACGAAGCACGGCUCAAGGCUAAGGCCAAGCGGAGGCUGAGGAAGAACUCAUCCCGAGACUCAGGGAGGGGGGACUCCCUCAGUGAUAAUGGGGAUGUUGUCAAGGGGUCCUUGGUGGCUCCUACAAGUCCCAAGAGCAAGCUGUUGGACAGAAAGUCCCGACUGGGCAAGGGAAGAGGUUUGCCAAAGAAAGGAGGGGCUGGAGGGAAAGGUGUGUGGGGACGAUCAGGUGAAGUUUACGAACCAGAGGAGGUAGAUGAGAAAGAUCCGAACUAUGAUGAAGCUCAGGAAAACUGUGUAUAUGAAACUGUGGUUCCCCCGCUGGAGGAGAGGGACUUUGAGAAGACAGUCACCCCUAUAGUGCAAGAGUACUUUGAACAUGGAGACACAAAUGAAGUGGCUGAGCUGCUUGCAGAACUUAACUUAGGGGCCAUGCGGAGUGAAGUGCCCUCACUGGCUGUGUCUUUGGCCCUGGAGGCCAAAGCAAGUCACCGGGAGCUCACCUCAAGGCUGUUGGCAGAUCUGUGUGGGCCGAUACUGUCCCGAAGUGACAUGGAAAACUCCUUUGACAAACUGCUCAGGGAGCUGCCAGAUCUGGUCCUGGACACACCUGGAGCACCUCAGUUGGUUGGCCAAUUUAUUGCACGAGCUGUUAUCGACCAAAUAUUGUCCAAGAGCUACAUUGAGAGCUACAAAGGCAGAGUGGACUGUGAAUUUACAAGGGCAGCACUUGACAGAGCAGCUGUGCUUCUGAAGAUGAGCAUGGGUGGCCUACGCAUAGAAAACCACUGGGGGGCAGGUGGAGGCCAGAGACCUGUUGUACAGCUCAUCAAAGAGAUGAACCUGCUGCUGAAGGAGUACAUCUUAUCUGGAGACAGCAAGGAGGCUGAGAGAUGCCUCCAAGAUCUGGAGGUUCCCCAUUUCCACCAUGAAUUUGUCUAUGAGGCGAUUGUGAUGGUCUUGGAGUCCAAAGGAGAGAAAACAUUCAAAAUGGUUCUGCAGCUCCUCAAAUCACUCUCGGUCUCUUCCGUCAUCACUGUGGACCAAAUAAGAAGGGGCUAUGGAAGAGUCUAUAUGGACAUUGCUGAAAUCAACAUUGAUGUCCCGCGUGCAUACUUCAUUCUGGAGCAGUUUGUUGAUAAGAGCUUCAGUAUGGGAAUCAUUGAUGCAAAGCUAAGAGAUCUUUGUCCCUGUCGAGGCCGAAAGAGAUUUGUCAGCGAGGGAGAUGGUGGUGUUGUCAAACUUGAAAGCUACUGAAGAACCCUUUAUAUGUGCCAGAUUUCCUUUAAAGAGGACGAAGCUACUUUUAUACUUGCAUAUUUUUCAAAAUUGUUGGGUACAAAUAAGGUUUCCCUUCAGUCAAAAAGAAUGUACAUUUCUGAAAUUGAGGUGAGGCAAAAAAAAACCCUUAAAAACAAAGCUGCACUUUUGAUUGAAACUGAAGUAGAUAAAGUUCUCCAAGGUGUUUCAGUAUACACAUUUACAUAAGCUAACCCUUCAAGUGCCACACCUCUCUGUGUCAGUCAUUCCAUGUUGUUUUGUAUAGUAUUUUCUUGAUUUCACUGCCACUCCUUUUGUGUUUUCUAGAAAGCAGUGUUUGUACAGAGAUGACUGGUUUGUGUCAAGAGCUUUAUAAAAGGAUAUUAAAAAAUAAAGGGGCUGUUUGUUAAAUGGCUCUCUAGCUUCUGUUUUAA